AUGAUCGCAGCUUGUGGUGCAGAAGAAAAGGUGGCGCAGAGCUACGGGAAUCUUAUCAACGAGAUGAGAGCUCUCAGUCAGAAAUUGUCUCCCAUAUUGGCUCUGCAAUAUGCUCCAGUGUUCUUUACGAUAUAUGCGACCUUCGCACUCUGCUUUUGGUUUGCAGUAGAGCUCUACUUGAAGCUUCAAUUCAGCAACGUUGAAACUUUGGUUGUUGUUUUGAUGUCUGUAAUGACAAUGUUAGCCCAUAUAUCCUCUGUCUCUGUCCCGUUGACAGCAGCGACAAACGCUAUCGCAGCCGCAUCAGUUUUCUUCACCAUCAUUGAUGCGCCGAAGCCCGUUACGUCCGGCAUCAAAGAAGGAACAGUCGACAUGAAUGCCGACAUCGUAAUGGAGAACAUCAACUUUGCAUACCCAACACGCCACGACGUCAAGAUAUUAGAUGGGUUGAGCUUGCGCAUACUUGCAGGGAAGAAAACGGCCAUUGUAGGACCCAGCGGAUCUGGUAAGAGCACUACUGUUGCGCUGAUUCAACGGUGGUAUGAGCUGGGCGAAACUGAUCCUAUCGCGAGUUACUUGCGCAACGGCGUUAUCAAGAUUGGUCAGUCAGAACUUAGAAGUAUUGACCUCUUUUGGUGGCGCUCACAGAUUGGUAUCGUGCAGCAGGAUGUCUUUCUCUUCGACGAUACCGUCUUCAAUAACGUCGCCUUCGGACUCACUGGAACUAAAUGGGAAUCUGCAACUGAAAAGACAAAAGAGCGACUUGUAACUCAAGCCUGCAAGGAGGCCUACGCACACGAGUUCAUCUGCUUGUUGCCCGAAGGUUAUCAUACGCCCGUGGGCGAUAGAGGAUUGCAGUUUAGCGGCGGACAGCGUCAAAGGAUUGCCAUUGCCAGAGCCAUUGUCCGGCAGCCCAAAGUGCUGAUAUUCGACGAAGCGACCAGCGCACUUGACGUUACAAGCGAAAAGAUUGUACAAGCGGCUCUUGAUCGCGUUGCACAGAAUCGUACUACUGUUGUGAUUGCUCAUCGAUUGUCGACCAUCUUCGAUGCAGACAGCAUCAUCGUUAUGAGCAAAGGAAAGGUUGUCCAACACGGGACCCAUAAACAACUCGUCAAGAUCAAGGAUGGUGCAUAUCGAAGUCUUGUCGAUUCGCAGCAGCUCGCGAUGCAUUCAACAAACACAAUGAGCAUAGCCAAAGAAGAUCCCUGGGUGCAGCAGACUUGGAAGCGUCAAAGUGUAAUAGCUGAGAAGGAGAGUUACGAGACUCUUGUCGAAUCUGAAGCUACUGCCGCUGAGUCAGUGGGGUCUGCGGAGCCAAUAGCUCCGCCGAAAGAGAGUGUGCUUCGAAGUUUUGGUUUGCUUUUGGUGGAGCAAAGGCGAAACUGGCCAGGGUACGCAAUCAUGGUGAUUGCUGCCAUGGGUGCCGCAGCAAGCAACCCUUUGCAAGCCUUUCUUUUCGGACGAUUGAUAUCGUCUUUUGCGUAUUGGUCAGAGGCACUUCGAGUCUCUACCAGCUUCUUAUGCCUUAUGCUGCUCGUUGUUGCAACAGGCGUUGGGCUGAGUUAUUUCACGCUUGGCUGGGUAUCGAAUGAGGUUUCUGCUUACACUCUGACUGUUUAUCGCAAAGAAUACUUUCAGAACAUGAUUACCAAGCGGCUAUCGUACUUUGACCACAGCGAUAACGCCAUUGGCCUUCUCAAUGCACGGCUGGCUACAGAUCCAGCGCAGCUGCAGCAACUAUUGGGAAUGAACAUGGCUAUGGUUCUCAUAUCCAUCUUCGGCCUUGUAGGUUGUGUCAUCGUUGCUGAGAUCUUCCAUUGGAAAUUCGCGCUUGUGGUCAUCGCAUCCUCAUUACCAAUCAUUUUGGUGGGUGGAUGGUACCGCAUUAGACACGAAGUCAAGUUCGAGGCUAGAAAUAAUGUCGUCUUCGCUGAGAGCGCACGAUUUGCUACAGAAGCCAUCGGCGCAAUCCGUACAGUCGCAAGUCUUACUUUUGAACGUACUAUCUGCGACAAGUAUGACAAGUUAUUGAAGAGCCACGUAACUAAGUCAUGGCUUGAGGCUAGAACGUCUUGUCUGAUCUUCGCCGCGAGCGACAGCCUUGUACUGCCGUGCAUGGCACUUGCACUGUGGUAUGGAGGCACACUCCUAGCUAGAGCUGAACUUCAACCCUCCAAUUUUCUGGUGGUCUAUCUUGCCAUCAUACAGGGAAGCUUGGCGGCUGGCCAAUGGCUCAGCUUUGGACCUAACUUUGCUCACGUCUCGGCGGCUGCAAACCGAAUAAGAUCAAUGCGUCUUACUGAAGCUGAUACAGAGACUGCAAAUUUGACACAGCUCAAAGGUUUCUCUCGCUGGAAACUACCUUCGCAGCUUUUAUGGCAUGGCGCUGACAUUGAUUUCCAUAACGUCUGGUUUAAAUACCCAACACGUAACGUCGCUGUCUUGCAGGGUCUCAAUCUACACAUCAGACAUGGUCAAUACGCAGCCAUUGUAGGAAGCAGCGGCUCCGGAAAAACCACCGUCAUCUCUCUGCUGGAACGUUUCUACGAGCCUAAUGGCGGUAUAAUCACCUACAAUGGAGAUACGAUCGCAUCCCUGACUCUUAAAGAGCUCAGAAGUCGUAUGAGCUUGGUCGCCCAGGAGCCUUACUUGAUCCACGGAACUAUAAGAGACAACAUUCUGCUUGGUAUGGAGGGAGAUGAUGUUGACGAAGCAGUACUCCAUCAGGCUUCUCGUGAUGCAGGUAUUCAUGAAUUCAUCUCUUCACUCCCAAAUGGCUACGGAACGGAUGUGGGAACGGGUGGAAUCUUACUAUCAGGCGGGCAAAAGCAACGGAUCUCGAUUGCGCGUGCCCUCAUCCGCAAUCCAGAUGUUCUGCUUCUUGACGAAGCAACCAGUAGCCUUGACUCUGAAACAGAAAAGGAGGUUCAAGCCGUUUUGGAGCAAGCUGGAAAAGGAAGAACUACAAUCGUGGUCGCUCACCGUCUGGCUACGAUACAAAAAGCCGACGUGAUCUUUGUCAUGCAUCAAGGCCGAGUUGUGGAGAAAGGCGACCAUCAGAGCCUCCUCAAGCGUAAAGGGACUUACUGGCAGAUGUGUCAAGCUCAGACACUGAGCGAGUAA